UGCCAGUGUUUGCAUGAACCCAAAGGUCACUUCCUUUAAAGGGCAAGUAAUUCGGUGACGUACUUCCUUUUUAUCUGUAGCCAGCAAAAUGGGUAUCGAUAUCUGUCAUAAGUACGACAGAAAGGUCCGUAGGACCGAGCCUAAAAGUGAGGAUAUUUACUUGAGGCUUUUAGUGAAACUUUACCGUUUCCUUGCUAGACGUACCAACUCUAAUUUCAACAAAGUUGUUUUGAGGAGAUUGUUUAUGAGCAGAACCAAUAGGCCACCACUGUCUGUCUCUAAAUUGGCACGUUUGAUGAAGAAGCCAGGUAGACAGGAUAAAAUAGCUGUGGUUGUAGGAGCCAUUACAGAUGACAUCCGUAUUCAGAAGUUGCCCAAGCUCAAGAUUUGUGCACUGCGUAUUGGUGACAGAGCAAGAGGACGUAUCUUGAAGGCUGGUGGGGAAAUCUUAACAUUUGACCAGCUUGCACUUCGUGCACCUAAAGGGCAAAACACUGUUUUAGUUCAAGGUCCCAGGAAAGCUCGCAAGGCUUUCAGACAUUUUGGAUUGGCUCCUGGUGUACCACACAGUCAUACUGCUCCUAUUGUACGCUCCAAGGGUCGUAAAUUUGAACGUGCUCGUGGUCGCAGAAAGAGCAGAGGAUACAAGGCAUAAAGAGACUUACUUGUCUGUAGCCAGUUUGAAAUUUAUUCUGUUUAUUCAAUAAACAAAGGACUAAACAAA